UUUCACAGUAUUUGCGAAAACGAUAGGAUCUCUCUUAUAAAGUAUGGAUUUCUCGAGUUAUUUAUUAUGCGAUCCGUUCCUAACUAUGACUGCAUUCACGAUAAUUGGACUUUCGUUAUGGACAACGAGAACUCAAUUACAGUAAACGUGGAGUUAAUGCGAUAUUUUCGGCGAAAUGUCAACCAUUGGUUCAAAAUAUUUUUUCACAGCAUAUGCCCACAACUGGACAACGAUCCCAUCGUAUUAAAUCUAUUAACGGCAAUCAUAUUAUUCACACCUAACCGGCCAAACCUCAUACACCACGAAGCGGUCAUACUACAGCAACAGAUAUACACGUAUUUACUGAAGAGAUACCUACUGUUGAGGUACGGGAGGGACAGUGAGUCUGAGGACAAACUGCGCAAACUGUUGGACACAUUGCCGGCGCUGAAGGAGGUGUCCGAUCGGCACCGGAAGAACUGCGAAGAGACUGAUCCCGAAGUCGUUCCCUUCCGGCUGUUGAGGGAGUUAUUUGAUCUCAAGUCUAGAGGAGACAAACAGGGGGACAGGGAUCACAAUAUACACCAUAAUUUGCUCGUAAAUUAA